GACUUCCGACGGAGAACCGGAGAAGAGAGGAACAAGAAAAAGGCAAAAUUGGCCCUUCUGUGCUCUUCAGUCUUCGCCAAUCGAUUCCAUAAGCCCCAUAAACCCCUAGUUCACUUUGCUCCGAGAGACUUUUCUUAGAACAUUUGCCAAUUGCGAGGGAUUUCGUACUAUUCAUUUCAGAGAGCUCUCAUUAAUGGCUUCGGCAAAGGUUGACAAUCGAGGUUCAUUGGGUUCGAAAAGGUCCCGCAAUGAUGGUACAAGGAAUGAUGGUGAUUGGACUUGCCCACAAUGUGGGAAUGUGAACUUCUCUUUCAGAACCGUUUGCAAUCGAGGAAAAUGUGGGGCUGCCCGGCCACCCUCUACCCCUCAGAGAAUGGGGUCAGCUCCUGUCCCUAGCCCCUUCAACAAUGCCCCUCCUUAUUAUCUUGGAGGAGUUGGGGCACCUCCGCCUAUGCCACUUGGGAUGCCUAGCAGCUAUGGGCUUCCAUUCUCACUAUCUGGAAUGCGAUAUGACUAUGGAGCACAUGGGAGUGCAACAGGGCCGUAUGGUCUUAUGUCUGCAUAUCCACCUGGACCGUUGGGAGGUGUGGCUUAUGGUCCUGGAUCUGCUCUGGAUGGAUAUGGUUUUGGCUAUCGGGGAUCUCCUUUGCCAAUGCCAGGUUCAUGGUCUGGGGGAGGUUUACCUGAUAACAGUGCCUCUCGGAAACGUCGUGGAGGACCAGAUGGUUUAUCCGAAGGGGAUUGGGUUUGUCCAAAAUGUGACAAUGUUAACUUUGCCUUCAGAACCACAUGCAACAUGAAAAAAUGUGGAGCUCCACGACCAUCUUCUGGUCCAAAUCAGUCAGAUUCGGGUGUCCCAGAAGGCAGCUGGACUUGUAGCAAAUGUGAGAACCUCAACUAUCCUUUCCGAACAGUAUGUAACCGGAAGGGUUGCGGGAAUGAGAAACCAGCUACAGCAAAGUAGUACAUCACUUUAAUUCCGGUUGGUAGCCACUCUACAAGCUUGUUGGUGCGUGCAAUUCCAAGGGUUGAGGACAUUUCAAAAUGACGGUGGUUUGGAAAUUGGAGAUAGCUGACUAUAAAAAUGUCUUUAAUUCUGGCAUGAUCAUCCCUGAGUUCUAGGUUUUUGAUUUUUCUCAUUUCUUUUGCUAAACAAAGUGCCUAAGACAUGUUCUGCAACUAGUGAUGCCUUGAAUUUCCUUCAGCGGUGGGAAUAUGUCUGGACUUCCAUUUAUGUUUAUGGAAGCAUGUCAUAUUACACUUCUAAUUUAUAGUUGAGAGAAAAUGUUUCUGUCUUCUGGUAGUAAGUCUAUUCGGCAGUUAUAUUUUGCACGCGCUGCGUAGUUAGCAACAUGUAAUCUUCUAUAAAUUAUCUAUUCUAGGUGAGCAAUCAAUUGAAAUGUACAUUGAGAUUUCAUGGAAGGUAUCUUUUAUUACAAUAUAUUUCAUGGGUGACACUGGUGCCUUUUGUACCAGCAUGUUGACAAUCUAAAAA